GUAAAACUGCAUUGUGGAAUAGAUAUCGUUCCCAAGCAAAAAAGUCACGGUAGAACUGUACUGAUAUGAGUGGCACCAACAAAAUCGUGAAUCCCGACUGCCUCGACGGACUCGAAAUCCUUCGGGAGCAUAACCUCGUAUUUCUCAACACGCCGAAGGUCGACAUAUUCGCCGACUUUUGCCAACCCGGCAAUGGUGUCCUCCCUGCCAAUGGUCAGCAGCAACAACUACGGCACGAGGAAUCUAAGGAUACGUUCUCGUCUACAGAAUUCUUGGAUUCCUGGCAAUCCGAAAAGGUUCGGUUCGACCAACAAAACGGCUCUCUGGUAUUUCUCGAUCUCGGGGGUAGGCGCCUCCACAAGGGGCUUCCCUGCGAUCCAAGGGUUUUUGAAGCUUUUCGGAGCCUCAGGACGCUGAGUCUGGCUGGAACGGAUCUACCUUUGAAAGAUAUCCUGGCCAUUGUUGCGCGGGUCGCUGGAUCCAUCGAGUCACUGUAUCUCGGGGGGAACGGGCUAAGAAACAUUGGUGCUGAGGCGAUCGCGGCAUCGAAUUUGCUUCGCAAUGGUAACGGUAAGCUSACCAAGCUAGACCUCCGCUUCAACGAAAUCAAUAGCGCCGGUAUGAUUGCCAUUUGCAACGCUAUGAUUGGGGACGGCAACGAAGAGCAAACCAGCGAUGAAACAACAUCAACAAGCAAUCUGCAAUACCUUUAUAUGGAAGGAAACGCYAUCGGCGAUGAGGGAUGCAAGGCACUAGCAAAAACCAUGUCCUCUGCGUCGUCUAGCAUCCGGGAGAUCUACCUUGGAGCCAACAAGAUCGGCCCUGCUGGUGCCAAAGCCCUCGCCGACUCCUUGAGAACCAACAAAACUGUGUCCAAGAUCUAUCUUGAGGGCAAUUUGCUCGGACCAGAGGGUGCUGCCUCCUUUUGCGAGGUCUUGGAAGAACUAAAGGGUGACACAGCCCUUAGGCAUCUCUAUGUCGACAACAACGAAGUUGGAAAGGAGGUUUCCAACCGGUUGGCAAGGGCACUCAGGAGUGAAACGGCCAUUCAAGAUGUAYGUAGCUAGACACCAAACCAAUGCUUACACGCACAUACUCUGUACUGAAUACGCGGCAGACAACAAGGCAAAGAUAGCUCUAUCGCUCUCUAGUGUCACCAGAUGAUGAUGAAAUUUCCGAAAAAAGAUGUUCUAGAAUACAAGUUUUUGAAGACA